CACGUGCUCCUCCACCACAAGACGUAUUCAUCUCUCUCGAUAUUUUUUUCCUUCGUAUUUUCCAGUAAGAAACAAAGAGGGAACGGUUUUCUUUCGUUUUCCCAUCCUUUCCUCGAAGGAAGAUGCAGUGAAUCUAAUUCUUCCUCAAAACAUAUCCAUCGUUCCCGGGAUUUGCUUAGAUUUUUUGUUUGAACCCCAUCCUUGCAUUUAUGGCUUCUUCGUCCUUACCUCACAAACAAGAUGCUUUCUCUGGAAUUGAGCCUCCCAGCAUAAUGAGAAAAGUAGAACAAUCUUCGAGACUGUUUGAUGUGUUUAUCAAUCACAGAGGCCCCGAUGUUAAACUUACUCUAGCUACUGAGCUUUACAACUCCCUUAAGGAUCUAAAUAUUAAGGCAUUUCUUGAUUCGGAAGAGAAGGAGCUCGGAAUCUCAUUUCGUUUAGCCAUUGAGACUGCGAUUAGAUCUGCUUCAGUGCACAUCGCUAUUUUCUCAAAAAAAUAUGCAGAGUCGCCUUGGUGUCUGGCUGAACUGGUUCUUAUGUUACAGAGUAAGGCCAAAAUUAUUCCCCUGUUUUAUCAAGUGGAGCCAGUGGAACUCCGGUACAUCGAAAAGGGAGUAUAUGCUGGGGCAUUUCUUGAAUAUGAAGAGAAGGGCAGGUAUCUGGACAAGAUUGAAGAGUGGAAGGAAGCGCUUCAAAAGGUUUCAUAUUCAGCAGGCUACAAAUUCAAUAAUUCAGAUGACUGCAAAGACAUAGUGUCCGCUGUGGAAAAAGAAGUACAAAGGACAAAAUCUUUACAUGUUGCCAAAUAUCCAGUCGGACUUCAUAAGCUCGUAAAAGAUUUUGAAAGGCGGUGCCUUGAUGAGUUUGUUCAAGAAUUUGAUGAGUUUGUUGCGGUGCCAAAUCUGUACAGAAUGAAGAAGGCAGCAAAAGUGAAAGUUAAUGUUGUUGGCAUUUUUGGUAUGGGUGGGGUUGGGAAGACAACUCUUUCCAAAGAGUUGUUCAAUCAAAAGAGAUCACAAUACACAAGAGCAAGUUUUCUGUUUGAUGUGCGAGAGGCCUGUGCCUGCGGUAAAUUACCUUCAUUGCAAAGUAAACUCCUCAAAGAUAUCUUUUGUGAAGAUAUCAGUUUUCUAAGUAGUGAGGAAGGGACAAGCUAUCUCAGGGAUCGUUUGGAAAGGAGCAGCUCUUUCAGUUUCCUAGUUGUUUUAGAUGACAUAGAUCAUCUCGAACAGUUAGAUGCCCUAUUAGUCAUGGAUGCAUUAGCUAAGUCAGGUGAUAAUCUGAUAAUUAUUACAACCCGAGAUGUAGGGGUUCUUGUAAGUGCAGGAAUUGAUAUUGCUUAUCAUUUAAAAGGACUGCACGGAGAAGAUGGGAGAGAGCUAUUUUGUUGGCAUUCUUUCGACCAACCCCUUCCAGUUAGCGGAUACGAGGAUCUAGUUCAGGACUUCGUUAACAUGUGUGGAGGCUUACCUCUGUCUCUUAUAGUUCUGGGUCGGCAUGUUUUUGGUAGAGACCAGUGGUAUUGGCAGGAUGAAUUGGAAAAACUCAAGGAGACUCUCCCCGGAGAUAUAAAGCGGAGAUUGAAGAUAAGCACUGAUACAUUAGAUAAUGUAGAAAAACAGAUUUUCAUGGAUAUAGCUUGCUUUUUUAUUGAAAAAUCUAUCACCGAUGCCAUGUCCAUAUGGAAGGGAUCUGGAUGGAAAGCUCGCCGUGGUUUAGAAACACUAAAAGAGAAAUGUCUUAUUGAAGAAGAAGCAAUGUGUCUGUCAGAAUAUAAGUGGGAUUCUAGCGAAUACGGAUCUGCUUUGAGAAUGCAUGACCACCUUCGGGACUUGGGAAGAGAAAUGGCAGAUGAACUGAGCCAUCCUCGUCGUGUGUGGCGCCCCCAAUUUAUUAAAUCUUUGGGAUUCCAAAACAUUCUGGCAGAAACCAAAGGCAGGUGUUUCCAUUCCAUUUUGGACAAAUCCAUCGGUUGUCAAAUUACAUACUUUUUAGGGGAACCGGAAGAUGGUUCUGAUGCUUCUCUGCUAUGGCUUCAGCUUGAGUACCUGAGUUAUCUUGAGUGCCUGACUUUUCCUGAAUUUCAUAUGAAGUCAAGUAUUCCUUCAUGGAUUCCUCUUCAAAAGUUACAGUGUUUAAGAAUCAGCAAUGGGCGUUUCCAAAAAUUAUGGCAGAGCGAUAUGCAGGCACCUUCCCAUUUAGAAGAGCUGCAGAUUCGUGACACCUUUCUGAUAGAGUUUCCAGAUUUGUUAGGAAAAUUGAAUGACAUGGAUAAGUUUGUUCUACAUACUAAGGGAAUCCAACUGAAUAUGUGGUCCUUAUUAGAAUCCCUGAGAAUGAAUCUCCGUAGUUUAAAGAUGAUGAGCUCAUCAAUAACAGGGGACCUGGCUUACAAUGUUACUGCAGAGGGGACAAUUUUUAAGUCCUUAGUUAUCUAUUAUGAUUUCAAACGACUCUGGGAGGGAGAAAUGGCUUUGAAUAACGAGAAAUGGUCUAGAACAGUAAUGAGUAACAUUGAAUAUCUAGAGAUAAACGGCUAUGGACUUGUAAGGAAGAUUUUAAUUAAUGGAAAUUGCUGUCAACGCCUGCAAUCUCUCAAAAUUUGUGAAAUGAAAAAGCUUAUUGAAGCGGAUUUAGCGAGGAUAAAGACAUUGCAUUGUCUUGAGAUUACCGGCUGUGAAAAAUUCAAAAGAUUGUCAGCAACGCCCGACCUUUGCAAGCUUGUAAAAUUGGAGAUUAGCGAAUGUGUGGAGUUUGAGGAGCUAACUCUUGGACAUCUGAACUGCCUGGAGAAAAUCCUUAUUGAGAACUGUAAUCAUUUGAAGACUGUAUCAGGAAUAUCUAAUCUUGCAAAGCUUGUAAAAUUGGAAAUUUCUGGUUGUCAUAUGCUAGAGUUUGACUACUUGUGUCUCAGUGGUAUGAAGUGUCUGGAGAGUAUAACAUUUGGUGAAUAUGUGAAGGUGAAAUCUUUUGAGUUGGAUGGCUGUGAAAUUUUGAAAACAAUAAUGUUUGAUUGUAAACAUAUUGUAAAAUUAAGCAUUCGUUACUGUGCAGAGCUUGAGAAUUUACCAGAUUUAAUAGGUCCAAGUUGCCUGAAGAGGAUUGGAAUUGAUGCAUGUGGGAAUUUGAAAUAUCUCAGAUUGUCUGGUCUUGAAAAUUUGGAAAGUGUGACAGGUAACUUGGAGAUUAAACAGUGCCCUCCGCUUGAGGAGUUGCCAAGUCCUGGCAGAGUAAGCUGCCUGGAGAAAAUUCAUAUUUGCUUCUGUGAAAAGCUACAGAGGAUUAUACUGCCAACAACACUCUUAGAGUUAAAGGUAGAAAGUUGCAGAGAUUUGCAAAGAAUAGAAGGAAUGGUUGAUCUUACAAAACUUACAGUGCUGGUUAUUGAACAGUGCCCCGCACUCGAGGAGUUGCCCAGUGUUGCUGGAAUGAAUUGCUUGAGGCAAAUUCAGAUUGCCUCUUGUGAAAAGCUACAGAACAUUAUACUGCCAACAACAAUCGCAAAGCUCUGGGUAGAAAGUUGCAGAGAUUUGCAAAGAAUAGGAGGAAUCGGUGAUCUUACAAAACUUACAAAUCUGAUUAUUAAACAGUGCCCUGCGCUGGAGGAGUUGCCCAGUGUUGCUGGAAUGAAUUGCUUGAGGCAAAUUAAGAUUGGCUCUUGUGAAAAGCUACAGAACAUUAUACUGCCAACAACAAUCGCAAAGCUCUGGGUAGAAAGUUGCAGAGAUUUGCAAAGAAUAGAAGGAAUCGGUGAUCUUACAAAACUUACAUUUCUGGUUAUUAAACAGUGCCCUGCGCUGGAGGAGUUGUCAAAUCUUGCUAGAAUGAUCUGCUUAGAGAGAAUUCUGAUUGGCUCUUGUGAAAAGCUACAGAACAUUAUACUGCCAACAACAAUCGGAAAGCUGUGGGUAGAAAGUUGCAGAAAUUUGCAAAGAAUAGAAGGAAUCGCUGAACUUACAAAACUCAAAGAGCUGGUUAUUGAACAGUGCCCUGCGUUUGAGCAGUUGCCAAGUCUUGCUGGAAUGAUCUACUUGGAGCAAAUUCAUAUUGACUCUUGUGAAAAGCUGCAGAACAUUAUACUGCCAACUACACUCUUAGAGCUGCGGAUAGAAAGUUGCAGAGAUUUGCAAAGAAUAGAAGGAAUCGCCGAUCUUACAAAACUCACACUGCUGGUUAUUAAACAGUGCCCUCAGCUUGAGCAGUUGCCAAGUCUUGCUGGAAUGAUCUGCUUAGAGGAAAUUCUGAUUAGUUCUUGGGAAAAGCUACAGAACAUUAUACUGCCAACUACACUCUUAGAGCUGUGGAUAGAAAGUUGCAGAAAUUUGCAAAGAAUAGAAGGAAUCGUUGAUCUUACAAAACUCAAAGUGCUGGUUAUUAAACAGUGCCCUGCGUUUGAGCAGUUGCCAAGUCUUGCUGGAAUGAUCUGCUUGGAGCAAAUUCAGAUUGACUCUUGUGAAAAGCUGCAGGACAUUAUACUGCCAACUACACUCUUAGAGCUGCGGAUAGAAAGUUGCAAAGAUUUGCAAAGAAUAGAAGGAAUCGCCGAUCUUACAAAACUCACACUGCUGGUUAUUAAACAGUGCCCUCAGCUUGAGCAGUUGCCAAGUCUUGCUGGAAUGAUCUGCUUAGAGGAAAUUCUGAUUAGUUCUUGGGAAAAGCUACAGAACAUUAUACUGCCAACUACACUCUUAGAGCUGUGGAUAGAAAGUUGCAGAGAUUUGCAAAGAAUAGAAGGAAUCGCCGAUCUUACAAAACUCACACUACUGGUUAUUAAACAGUGCCCUCAGCUUGAGCAGUUGCCAAGUCUUGCUGGAAUGAUCUGCUUAGAGGAAAUUCUGAUUAGUUCUUGGGAAAAGCUACAGAACAUUAUACUGCCAACUACACUCUUAGAGCUGUGUAUAGAAAGUUGUAGAGAUUUGCAAAGAAUAGAAGGAAUCACUGAACUUACAAGACUCAAAGUGCUGGUUAUUGAACAGUGCCCUGCGUUUGAGCAGUUGCCAAGUCUUGCUGGAAUGAUCUACUUGGAGCAAAUUCGUAUUGACUCUUGUGAAAAGCUGCAGAACAUUAUACUGCCAACUACACUCUUAGAGCUGCGGAUAGAAAGUUGCAAAGAUUUGCAAAGAAUAGAAGGAAUCGCCGAUCUUACAAAACUCACACGGCUGGUUAUUAAACAGUGCCCUCAGCUUGAGCAGUUGCCAAGUCUUGCUGGAAUGAUCUGCUUGGAGCAAAUUCAGAUUGACUCUUGUGAAAAGCUAGAGAACAUAUUAGGUAUUGAAGAGUUGCAGUCAUUAGCAUCAACGCAUUAAUACGGAAUUGCAUUUAUCAGUUGAAGUUUGUGCCAUCAGAUGGAAUGGUUAUGAUUGGAGCAGCAGUGGAUGGAGCGGAAUCAAGUUUUAAUGGCGUCGAUGGAGUGAGGGAAAUUGGUACUCACGAAAUUCACUGCUUGUGGUCAGAAUUGAGUGUAAUUAUAGAAUGGUAUGUGGUUCUGAUGGAUACCUCUACUUCAAUAGAGAAUAUAAAUACAUCACUUCCAGCCUGCGCUUUUAAGGUGUGCAAAGGCGAAUGGAUAAUUACACUGCUAGUAAAUUAUGGUGACAGCUGCCUCUUUCGUGAUGAAAUUGAUGAUCUUUUAAGGUGGUGUACGAUAAUGAAGGGGUUUAGGGUGGAGCUGAAAAAAGGCGAAGAGUGGAAAAGUUUGGACGUGAUAAAUAUAAUUAUUGAUAGGUUGCAUUUCUUUAGUAGAUAAUUAAUAUUAUUCAAUGAUUAUUAUAAAUUUUAUGGUAAAGAUCUUAUUGUGAGUA